UGAUCUGGGUACAACCAGCCGUGGCUCUGCAGAGGUUGCUGCGAUUUGGCCCCUUAAGCAUCUGUCCACAACUCAGGAGGGUCUGUGGAACUCACACAGCUCUUGGCCUGAACCCCUGUUACCGAGAGAGAGGAGGCUUUUGCCAAGGACUCCAAGGGGAGUGGACUCAACUCUGGUCUGGACCCAAGGCACCCAGCCCUCCCCGAGACAUUGUGUGAGCCAGGCUGGGCCUGCAGACACAGCCCCUGCCGCCCCACCCCGGCCAGGGUGGUGCUUGUGUGGGAAGGACUUUAAAUCCAGCUGCCAGACCCCUGGACCAGAGAAGCAGAGAGGGCUGGCCACCAUGCGCGGCGCCUGCAGCGUCCUGGUGCUUCUGCCGCUGCCGCUGCUACUGCUGGUGGCCACCACGGGCCCCGCUGGAGCCCUCAAGGACGAUGAGAAGCGUGAGAUGGUAGAGCUGCACAACCUCUACCGCUCCCAGGUGUCCCCGCCUGCCUCAGACAUGCUGCAAAUGAGAUGGGACGAGGAGCUGGCCGCCUUCGCCAAGGCCUACGCCCAGCAGUGCAUAUGGGGCCACAACAAGGAGCGCGGGCGGCGCGGCGAGAACCUGUUCGCCAUCACGGACGAGGGCAUGGACGUGCCGCUGGCCAUGGAGGAGUGGCACCAGGAGCGCGAGCACUACAACCUCAGCGCCGCCGCCUGCAGCCCGGGCCACAUGUGCGGCCACUACACGCAGGUGGUUUGGGCCAAGACAGAAAGGAUCGGCUGCGGUUCCCACUUCUGUGAGAAGCUCCAGGGUGUGGAGGAGACCAACAUUCAAUUACUGGUGUGCAACUACGAGCCCCCGGGGAACGUGAAAGGGAAAAGGCCCUACCAGGAGGGGACUCCGUGCUCCCAAUGUCCCCCGGACUACCGCUGCGAGAACGCCCUCUGUGAACCCGUCGCAAGCUCAGAGGAUGCUCCAGCCUUGCCCGGCCUGGUCACCGAGGCACCAUCCUCCCUGGCACCUGAAGCCCCAGACUCUAGGAAAAUGGGUACUCCUUCUUCCGCGCCAACAGAGGUCUCAGGCUCCCUGGAAACCAAGGCUCUGCCGGCUGUAGGAACCGCGGCCCCAACUUCCUUAGAAACGGAAGGCCCCUCCUCAGUGGCAACAGAGGCCCCGCCUUCUGUAAAGACAGAGGUCCCUUCAGUCUCAGCAACUCACGGCCUGCCCUGGUUGGAUGAGGAGCCCGCUACCUUCCCCAAAUCCACCCAUGUUCCUAUCCCCAAAUCAGCAGACAGCGUGGCCAGCAAAACCAGAGCACCCUCCGUGAGCCCAGAGAAAUCUCUGCACCCCAAGAUGUCCCCAACAGGGACAGGGGACCCCCUACCCUAUGCCCAGGAAGAGGCUGAGGCUGAGGCUGAGGCUGAGGCCGAGUUGCCUUCUAGUGAGGUCUUGGCCUCAGAUUUUCUAGCCCAGGACAAGCGAGGUGAGCUGCAGGCCAUACUGAACCACAUGGGGCACACCUCCUCCAAGUCCCUGCCCAAUUUCCCCAAUACCUCUGCCACCGCUAAUGCCAUGGGUGGGCGUACCCUGGCCCUGCAGUCAUCCUUGCCAGCUGCCGAGGGCCCUGAGAAGCCUGGCGUCCAGUCGGGGGUGAGCUCGGGCCCUCGCCACGUAUGGGACCCUCUCCCGGGACUACUGCUAUUGCCUCCCCUGGUGUUGGCUGGAAUCUUCUGAAGGGGACACACUCAAAGGGUGAAGAGAUCAGCUGUCCUCCUGCCACCUUCCCCACCCUGUCCCCAGCCCCUCAAACAAGAUGCUGUGUGGCAAAGGCCCUCUGGAAGGGAAAGGCUGCAGGGCAUGAGCCUCGUCCGUCCGUCCAUCCGUCCGCCCACAGCAUCCUGGAGGCUCAGGCCGGGCCUCCUCGGACCCCGAAGACUGCAGGGCCAGCCCUCCUGCCCCUCCCACCCGCGUCCUGGGGCUGAGGCAGCGGGGGUUCUGGGGCGCUCACUGCCUGCCUGGCCUGGGCUGUCCCCGAGUGCCUGUGUCGCUGGGGAGGGGGUUAUACAGGGUAGAUGAAGGACAAGCGCCACCCAAGUGGGGCCGUAUGGGUGGGGGUCUGGGAGGAGGGAAGGGAAGCAACCCUUGACUCUUGAAUAAAAGCCUGUCUGGGAUUACCCGAGUCUCAGUGCCAGUGACGGGCGGGAGCUGCAGGACAGCUGGUUAGGAGGCUCCGCUCAGAAGAGGCUCAACUCUCCCCCUUACCAACCUGUGACAACCGUGCCUUCUCUCACAUCCUUCUCCCCCAAACACUCCAUUUAGUGUCUUCUCUUUGGGCCACCCUUCCUUUCCUUCCUGUGGCCCCUCACCCCCACCCCUUGACCACAGGUGGCCAGUAGUAAGGAGGAAGGACUGAGGGAAGGCCAAGGGUGCUGGGCUGACUCUCCCAGCUUCAGGAGUUACCAGAGGGGCCUGGGUGGGUUUGGGGCCCAGGAUCAAGGCGUGGUGUGCUGCCACCCAGGUCUGUCUGGGACACAAGGUCACAAACGCACCACAGCAAGGCUCUGCCCACCCCUGGUGCUUGGAGGAGUCCGAGAAAGGGCUCUGGAGUCCCUAACACCCCCUGGGGGAGCACAGCAGGACUGUCCCAAAGUGCUGAGGACCAGGAAAGCACAAGUGUGUGGGGGGAAGGGAAGGGGGAGCAACAGCAGUGGCUGGGGGUGGCGAGGGGCAUAGCAACUGUCUCUAGGCCAAAGCAGGAGGGGGAGCAGUUAGACAGGACGCCAUCCAAGUCAGGCUUGGGCUGGGAGCUGAUCUAUUACCAAGGAGAUCACUCCUCACUUUUUCUUUCUUUAUACAUUUUUUUUUGUAGGUCUAUCAAGAUAUAACUCACAUAAAAUUCAUCCAUUUAAAGCAUGUAACUUGGUGGGGCAUGGUGGUUCGCGCCUGUAAUCCUAGCACUCUGGGAGGCCGAGGCAGGAGGAUAGUUUGAGGUCAGGAGUUUGA